GGCCGUGCUCCCGACAUGGCCAAACACGCCACCAAAGCCCACACCGACGUGGGGCACAUCCUGGUCCAGGUUCAAGAGGAUCUGAAGGAGCUGAAGGAGAAAAUCUCACAUAUAACAAUACAAAGUGAAGGAGAGGCAGUGGACAUUCAGUCACUUGAAACAGCCAUACACAGGACUGAAAUUGGGCUAAAGAGACAUGCGGCAGAGUACUUGAAUUCCAUCAAUAGACAAGUGUUGACACUUCCUGCUGUAGAAUACAGAGAUUUGCCAGCUGGUCACAGUUUAGCAGAUGCAAUCCAAUCACCUAACAGCAAAAUAAUAAAGAAACCUGAAGUUUAUCCAUCUUUGCGUAAAAAGCAUCAAGGACCUCAGUUGGGAAAUGCACCUCAACACACCUCACCUGGAAUUCAGCACAAGUUGGCCAUGGAUAUGAAGAUUUUGCACGAUCCAACCCACCCAAAGAACAGGAGUGUUUUCAAUGAGAACUAUGGGCUUCAACUUCCUGUUAUUAGGAGCACAGUGCCUGAAGCGCCUUUACAAAAGCUUGCUAAAGGUACAACAGUUUCCCAACUCACAGUUUUGCCUUCUUCCCACCGCCAAGAUCCAUCUCUCCUUCCUGCAUUUGUAUCUGAAAAAGAUGCAAAGAAAGGUAUUUUGAGUUUGACUGAACGUGGCCUAAUUCCUCAAGCAGCCGGGUUGACCCUUGACCCACCUCCUAUCCAACACAAAGUGGCAAUUAUUCACGAUAGCCAAGAGAAAUACAGAAAGCCACCUCCAGAAAUAUAUGGUUCUUAUCCCCAAAAAUCAUACUACAUAGUGAUUAGUGAGUCCAGUACUGAUGAACCAAAGAAUCCAGACAGGCUGAGUUCCAGACCACUAGUAAAGAGGGACACUGUUACUCCUGCACCUUCGAUCAUGACAACAUCUUCAACUAAGGACUUCAAUGCAGCUCCACGCCUGCUUGAUAAAGAAAUGGUCCCAUAUGACUUUCAUGAGCCAAAGGAGUUUCAAGUGGUGCCAGUUCACCAACCCCAAGAAUUUCCACGAGCUUACUAUGUUACUAUUUUCAAUGGCAGAAUAGAUUACACGGCUCCAGACUUUUUGGCUUUCAAACAACAUUACCAGUUAUACUGGAGACACAUCUUUUCCUUCUUGGAAUAUCUCGAGAUGAAGCUAAGAAAAUACGAUGUGCCAGUUGCUGUAGUAGAAGGCCAGAAGCUGGCAAAGAUUUCAGUUGUUUUUGAUAUUGAUUCACAGCCCACAUGGGAGGUACUGCUUCCUGCACUGAAAAAUAAAGACUUGGUAGAAGAGAUUGUCAAGCGUCCAGGCCAGCAGUACAAGGGGCCAGAUGGCAUGGAAAUAGCAGCCACAAAAAUCCAAGCUAUCUGGAGGCAGUACCGAGCCAGGACCAAGUACCUCGUGUCUCUUCGCCAGAAGUGGGCAGCAGGUGUUAUUGCCAUCUCCUGGCUCAUGCACGCUCAAAAAGCACGGGUGAAGAAGACCCUAAAGCAGUCACGUCAGAGACACCUGGAGAAUUUUCGCAGCAGGGCCAAGCAUCUGGUAGCCAACUGGAGUCGCAUCAAGGCCUCCAGGAGAACUAUUAUCCACAUCCCAUCAUUAGGGUAUGCUCAGUGGCUGAGAUCUACUGUGCCUGAUAUAGAUACUCAGCAGAACCUACAGAUGGGAAGGUUAUGUGACAUCAGGGAUGAUAAUGUAGAUGUUAUAUAUAUUUGCCCUCUGUGGAUUGGUGAGGACGUGACCCAGUACUACAUGAAACUACUCGGGCUACAAGAAGCUGUCAGAUCAGGGAAACCCGAGGUCACGGUGGACAUGGCAGAUCGUCUCAAAGUCAUCACACCUGAGGCAACAAGACAUUUUCCUAUGCAUGACGUUCUUAUUCAGCUUAUUCUUGAAAACCUGGAAAUUAAACGUUGGCUCUUCAAAUUGGACACUGAAUUUGGUGGGAGAGGUACUGCAUAUUUUGAUGUCUCACACCUAUCAUGUUAUCAUCAGACCCUAAAGGAAUUUAGGAAAGUCGGGCCUACUGUCUGGCUGAAGAGGAGAUGGAUGCAGGAACGUGCUGAGUUAAAGAUGGCCAAGGAAUUACCUGGAGUUUUGGCAGAGCAUGCUCAGCCAGUUAAUCAGGAAAUAUUCCCAACGUGGGAAAAGUUCUUAAAAAUGUUCCUCUGUCAAGGUGGUGUGGUGGAGGCCUACCCUCCGUCGGACAGUGUGACUAACCUCACCGUGGACAUGCUCAUAGAGCCAACAGGGGAAAUAUCAAUGGUUUCUUGUGGAGACCAGAUCCAUUCCAAAAGUCCUCUCGAAUGUUGGGGCACUACAGUACCACAGUGCUCUGUGGACCCGAGCAACCUGCACUCGAUGUGUGUAAAGAUUGCUGAGGCCUGUAAAUGCCGAGGAGUGAUGGGUUUCUUCUCGAUUGACCUGGUGACCUUCAUACAUCCAUAUACAAUGGAGCAGCAGGUCUGGGCGACAGACUUAGACCUGGCCUACAGUGACCAACUGGCCAUGACACAACUGAUGCUCUUCAUUUCUAACGGGAAGCUGACCUGUGAAAACAACACCUUUGAAGUGCCUCCAACGCCCAAGGAGAAGAAAAGGAGACUUCACAGGCGAGAAGUGGCAGAAGAGGUGGAGGCGCAAACUCAACUUCCUUUUAUGAAACGUUACGGAGUGUUAAGCACACAGUUGAAACAUGCCAAUUUAUCCAUGGUCCACUACAGUGUACUCUUCAAGAUUUUUAAAGCUCACGGGAUUGGUUUUGAUAUUAAGAACAAUCGGAGAAGAUCUCCAGGGGGCUCUACUGACCUUUGCUCGUAAUCUCUCUGUCAUUCAUCAGGAAAUAACAGCACCUAA